UGAACUUUCUUCCAUAAUAUAACUUCAGUAUACGCUUCUGUCAGGAUCAUGGAAUGAAAAGUGCGAUUCCAAUUAUAAGAAAAAAAAUUGCAAACAACCGACAGUUGUAUAUGUAAAUAAAUAGUACAAGUUGUAAAGAGGAUACCGUAAAUGUGUAUUUAAUAAUGGUUAUUUACGGUGUUUAUAUCGUAUCAAAAUCGGGUGGACUAAUUUUUAAUCAUGAUCAUAAUGUUCCACGAAUAGAAAAUGAAAAGACAUUUAAUUAUCCGUUGGAUGUAAAGUUAGGUUAUGAAAACAAGAAAAUGGUUGUAUCGUUUGGUCAGAAGGAUGGAAUUAACGUGGGUCAUGUUUUAACAGCGGUAAACGGCAGUCCUGUAGUAGGAAGAGAAUUAGAAAAUGGAAAAGAUAUAUUUGAAUUGCUUGAACAUCCAGACAAUUUUCCUGUGUCGCUUCGAUUUACUCGUGCUAGAAUGACAACCAAUGAAAAGAUUUUUCUAGCAUCUAUGUUUUAUCCUUUAUUUGCAAUUGCUAGUCAAUUAAGUCCUGAACCACAUUGUUCUGGAAUUGAAAUUUUAGAAGCCGAUACAUUUAGAUUGCAUUGUUACCAAACAUUAACUGGUAUCAAAUUCAUCGUUGUUGCAGAACCUUCACAAAGUGGAAUAGAAAUUUUAUUGAAAAGGGUAUAUGAAUUAUAUGCAGAUUAUGCUUUAAAAAAUCCUUUUUAUUCAUUGGAGAUGCCAAUUAGAUGUGAACUAUUCGAGUCUAAUUUACAGACUUUGUUGGAAAAUGUUGAAAAGUCUGGUGCUGGUACUAUUUAAUUGCUAAUGAACUAAUUACUAGUAAAUAACAAACAUUUAUUGAUUGUACCAGUUAAAUUAAGCAAAUUUGUUAUAUGUUCAUGUUUGAAGGUAUAACAUAAACUGUAUUAAGUUAUAAAAGGUAAUAAAUAUUAAUGACUUACGUUUUCAUACAUAUUUAAUAUGAAAUAUAUACAACAAUUUAUUAAAACAUUUUAAAACUGUAUAUCAAUAGCAACGUAAAUAUCAUUAUUAAAAUUUCCUUAACAUUAAUUGUUCAUUCUAUGAGGAUUUCCCUGUAGACUCUGUUAGUUUUUU